AACCAAGCAAAUGGUUUUUUGGUUGUCUAAUUGGGUUAGGUCACACCACUUUUCAACCACAAUUUGACUCUUGACUCUCUCUGAGCUCCUCUUCUCCAUUUUUCUCUCCUUCAACUUCUUCUCCCACUCUACCAGUUAGGGUCUUUCUCUGCAAUUAGGGUUUCUGCUUCUUCACCAAAGAUGCUGUCUUGGUGAUUUAUGAAGUAGAAGCACUAAGCAGGAAGAGAACCAUUUGAGCUGGGCUAAGAUCUGCUACUUAAGUAGAAAAAAAAAAAUGAGCGCCUCCAGGUUCAUAAAGUGCGUGACGGUCGGCGACGGCGCCGUCGGAAAAACCUGUAUGCUGAUUUCCUACACCAGCAACACCUUCCCUACGGACUAUGUGCCCACUGUGUUCGACAAUUUCAGCGCUAAUGUUGUGGUGGAUGGAAGCACAGUCAACCUUGCACUGUGGGACACUGCAGGGCAGGAGGAUUACAAUAGAUUACGACCCCUGAGCUAUCGAGGUGCCGAUGUGUUCAUACUUGCUUUCUCUCUGAUUAGCAAAGCCAGCUAUGAAAAUGUAGCGAAAAAGUGGAUUCCUGAGCUGCGGCAUUAUGCACCUGGUGUUCCAAUUAUCCUUGCUGGAACAAAGCUCGAUCUUCGUGAUGAUGAACAAUUCUUUAUGGACCAUGCUGGUGCUGUUCCCAUCUCCAGUGCUCAGGGAGAGGAAAUGAAGAAACUGAUUGGAGCUCCUUCAUAUAUUGAAUGUAGCUCAAAAACACAGCAGAAUGUGAAGGCUGUUUUUGACGCAGCCAUUAAGGUGGUGCUCCAGCCACCAAAGCAAAAGAAGAAAAAGAGAAGGGUACAUAAGGCUUGCUCCAUAUUGUGAUUUCAAGAGACAUUUAUUGGCCAGAUGACCUCUCUCCAUGUUCAGUAACUCCUUUGUACUUAGUUCCUCAAGGAAGCAAUCAUGUAUAGUAGCAACUGACAUUCUAGGGUUUCAGGUGAAAGCAUUAGAUUGUUUGCUUCAGACUGGUUUCAAGGAAGCAUUAGCUGAUUAGCAUACUCAACACACGUGCAAGUUUGCAACUUAUGUAUUAACCGGAUGUGAUGAAGAUCCUAUUGUGAAAGAAGUGCUUCCUGGAGUGAAUAUUGUUGUAUUUGUAAUUGGCACUCCUAGGUUUUGGUGUUUGUUAGUUUGCAAGUGUGGCCGAUACAUUCAUCAUUGGUCAUCAACUUGGUGUUAAUUUGAAUUCUGCAUUGUAUGAUUCAUUUGGGAUUUGAGUAUCAAGCUAAACAUGGUUCUUACUGUA